CUUGCAAAACUGACUUUGUAACUGGCUUUUAAAAAGUGUGCGCCUAUAAAUUUUCGAGGAAGGGAUGAUCGUGCACGCCUUAUAGUCGCAUGCGUGACCUUAAUCUGUCCCUUAGGCGGUGACUUUUUUUUGCUUUUGCAGCUGUGCUGACAGUGACGAAGCUGAUUGUAGUGCCGUUUUUAAAGGUCUACAGCCCAUCUUCCAAGAGCAGGGAAUGACAGAAACUAUUCAUAACUGGGAAGAUCAUGGGUACUUAGCAACCUACGUCAGUAAAAAUGGCAGUUUUGCCAAUCUGAGAAUUUAUCCUCAUGGCUUGGUGUUGGUCGAUUUACAGAGUUACAACGAUUUGAAUGGAGGAGAAGUAGAGCAGCUUCUAAACAAGAUAGAAGAAAGAAUGAAAGAACUGUGUCAUAGAAACAUCAAAAGAGUAAAACGAUUGCCAGCCAUUGUGAGAGGAGAUGCUAUUGAUAAAUAUUGGCCCACAGCAGAUGGACGGUUGGUGGAGUAUGACAUUGAUGAAGUUGUUUAUGAUGAAGAGUCAGCUUACCAGAAUAUUAAAAUCUUACACUCGAAACAGUUUGGAAAUAUUCUUAUCCUCAGUGGGGAUGUUAAUCUGGCAGAGAGUGACCUGGCAUAUACACAAGCUAUAAUGGGCAGCGGGAAGGAAGACUACACCAACAAAGAAGUACUCAUUCUUGGAGGUGGAGAUGGGGGAAUACUGUAUGAAAUAGUCAAAUUGAAACCAAAGAUGGUCACCAUGGUAGAGAUUGACCAAAUGGUGAUUGACGGGUGUCGAAAAUAUAUGCGCAAAACAUGUGGAGAUGUCUUGGACAAUCUGAAAGGAGAAUGCUAUCAGGUUCUAAUAGAAGAUUGUAUUCCAGUCCUGAAGAGGUAUGCCAAAGAAGAAAGGAUGUUUGAUUAUGUAAUUAACGAUUUGACAGCUGUUCCAAUCUCCACAUCUCCAGAAGAAGAUUCUACGUGGGAGUUUCUGCGGAUGAUUCUGGACCUUUCAAUGAAAGUCUUGAAACCUGAUGGAAAAUAUUUUACACAGGGAAAUUGUGUAAAUCUGACUGAAGCUUUGACUCUCUACGAAGAACAGCUUGGUAGGCUAUACUGUCCUGUGGCAUUUUCAAAGGAAGUUGUAUGUGUCCCUUCAUACAUGGAACUAUGGGUAUUUUAUACUAUUUGGAAGAAGAGAACAGAUGUUUGAAGUUCAAGGUCCACAUGCCACACAUGCAUGAAGUGUGUAGGGCUUGCUACAUGCUACAUCUUGGCGUCUUGAAUCUUUAAAUUAUAUGCUGUAGAUGAUCCUGAAACUUAGUCAUGCUAUCAAUUUGUGAAUUCUUUAAAUGUUUUUUAUUAUUAUUUUAAUUUAAAAGCAAAUGGGGAAAAAUGUAUAUUUUGAUGAGCUAGGGUGUUAUUUUUUGAAAGUCAACGUAGAUGAAUUAGCAGCAAAGCUAUAGCUGCUGAAUGCACUGAACCUUUAGAAUGUGAUCAUUUUUAUUUUUUAUUUUAGAUCGUUGAAUACCAAUUUUAAAAGACAAUGUUAGCAUUUCAGUGUGGUACCAUAGAAUUUUCUCUCCCUUCAGACAUUAAUCAGUUUAAUAGUCAUGGUGCUUUAAAUAGACUUUAAGUGGGUUGUUUGUUAAAUGAUCGAUGUGCUUCCAUUGGAGGAAUUAAGGGCAGACUUCUUUCUUUCUUUUUAAGGAAACACUCUGGCCCAUUGUGGUGCUAUAAAGCCACCAUGAUACUACUUGUGGUGAAUCCUUAUUCUAACCCUCAUGUGUCAAGAUCUGGUAAUUCAUU